AAUUGAUCUAAUACUCUUUGUUACAUAGUGAUGUAGUCUCAGCUUACUAAAGUGACAUCACUAUGUGGCGUCCUUCCGGCCACUGUCACUUCCGCACACUUUACGUCCCGAUAGCGUCUGGUCAUGUCUGAUUAUAAUUAUGUUUAUAGUCUUAAUUAAUAAAUAUAUUAUCAUAAACGACAGUGUCAUUAUUCAUCAAGUACACAACCACAAUACAUGGUGUCAGAAGUCAAUUCAAUCAAAAAAGAAAAAUGUCUAAAAGCGAUGAAGACACGGCAAGUGGCGAGCGGCAAGAAAUGGCUUCCAAAUCGCCAAAGAAGCUCAACAUUAUGGGUAAUAUCAAGCCCAUGAGUCUAGAAGGAAAUCUGUCCACAAACUGGAAGAGAUGGUAUCAAAGUUUUGUCAUUUUUAUGAAAGCGAGCGCCAUUUUUGAUGAGCCGGAUGACCGCAAAGUGGCUGUCUUGUUGCAUUUCAUUGGCAACGAAUGUCUUGAUAUAUUCAACACUUUCAACCUAAACAUCGAAAAUGUAAAAUUUUCGCAACUGGUCGAAAAGUUUGAACAAUACUUUGUACCUAAAAGAAACAUUACAUAUGAGUGUUACAAAUUUUUCACUACAAAACAAAAAGUAGAUGAAAGUCUAGAAGAUUUCCUAACUCGUCUUAUAAAUAAGAGUAAGUCAUGUGAAUUUGGUAGUCUCCAAGAUAGAAUGAUAAAAGAUAUUUUCAUCACUAAUAUGCAUGAAACUUUUCAUCAUGUCAGAGAAAAGUUGUUACUUGAAGAAGAUCUGUCAUUAGAAAAGGCGCGAAACCUUGCUAAAUGCAUUGUGUCAGCGAAAACACAUGCAGAAGAAUUUAAGGAGUCUUCUUCCAAUGUCUUUUAUCAAUGUCAGUCAUCAACCAAACCACAGUCACGAGCGAGCUCAAAGUCAAGAGCCAGGUCGCAGUCUCAAGAUAGAACAAAGUGUACUAAAUGUGGUCAAGUGCAUAAAUACAUGUGUCCUGCUAGAUAUGCAAAGUGUAGAAAGUGCAAAAUUAGAGGACAUUAUGAAGCGUGCUAUUCACCUCGGAAAAUUCCAUUCUCACUUCAUGAUAGACUGAAGAAGGAACUAGACAACAUGGAAAGUAUGGAUGUCAUCUGUAAGGUCACUGAGCCAACAUCAUGGGUAAGUUCACUUUUAUUAGUUGAGAAAAAGAAUGGUCAACUUAGAGUCUGUCUUGAUCCAAGAAACUUAAAUGAAGCUAUAUGUCGAUCACAUUAUCCAAUACCUACUAUUGAUAAUGUACGAUCUAAGUUGCAUGGUGCAUCAUAUUUUUCUACUCUGGAUGCGAGUAGUGGAUUUUGGGUAAUCCGUCUGGACUUAGAAAGUUCAAUGUUGUGUACAUUCAAUACUCCUUUUGGUCGGUAUAGAUUUAAAAGAUUGCCAUUUGGUAUUAAUUGUGCCCCUGAAAUAUUUCAUCGUAUUAUGACUGAAACAUUUGGUGUUUUGCCUGGAGUUAUGGUCUAUGCUGAUGAUAUAUUAGUCUAUGGCAAGGAUCGUCAAGAACAUAAUGAAAAUUUACAAAGAGUAUUAAUGAAGGCACAACAAGUUAAUUUAAAAUUUAAUAAAAGUAAGUGUAAAUUUGGUCACACACAAGUCAAAUACUUAGGUCACAUAUUUUCACAACAAGGUGUGUCACCGGAUCCAGAAAAAGUCAGGGCUAUCAAGGAUAUGCCGUCUCCUAUGUGUCUUAAGGAUCUACAAAGGUUUCUAGGUAUUUUAAAUUAUUUAGGAGCAUUUAUUAAAAACUUGUCAGAGGAAACUGAACCUCUCCGUCACUUAUUAAAAAAGUCAAGUGAAUGGCUAUGGAAUGAAAGUCAUGAAGCUAUAUAUACACGUCUUAAGAAUAUUAUUUGUCAGGCACCAGUAUUGUCACAUUAUAAUGUCAAAAAGUCAGUUCUUUUGUCAGUAGAUUCAAGUCAGUCAGCAGUCGGUGCAGUCUUGCUUCAGGAUAAUCAUCCAAUUUGCUAUGCUUCUAAAACUUUAACGUCAAGUCAGAAACAUAUGGCACAGAUUGAAAAAGAAUUAUAUGCCAUUGUCUUUGGAUGUAUUCGUUUUCAUCAAUAUGUCUAUGGUAAAAUAGUCUCUGUCGAAACAGAUCAUCGUCCAUUAGUUACUUUAUUUAAAAAGCCUUUAGCAGAAGUUCCAACGCGUCUACAGAGGUUAAUGUUGAGAAUACAAGCUUAUGAUUUAAGAGUUGAAUACAAACCUGGUACUAAAAUGUACAUAGCUGAUUCAUUGUCUCGAGCAGCUUUACCAGAGUCCAGUGAAGAUGAGCUGGAUGAAGAUGUCAGGGUUCAUGUCAAUAUGCUUGUUAAUCACUUACCUAUUACAGCAGAACGUCUCCAGUGGCUCACCAAGGCUACGGAACAAGAUGAAAGUCUGCAACUACUGAAGAAUUACUAUCAAAAUGGAUGGCCUGAUAGAAAAUCUGAAGUCAAUAAAUUAGUCUUACCUUAUUGGAACUGUCGUCAUGAAAUACAUGCUGUCAAAGGUCUGCUAUUAAAAGGUAACAGUCUUAUUAUACCUAAAGAGUUGAGACCAGAAAUUCUGAAAAUGAUACAUAAUGGUCAUCAAGGUAUAGAAAAGUCAAAAAAUUUUGCAAGAGGUGUUGUAUAUUGGCCAUUAAUGUCACAUGAUAUACAGCAAUGUGUAGAAAAUUGUGAAAUCUGUUUGUCACACAGAAAUGCAAAUCCUCCACAACCUCUAAUGUCUCAUAAGAUUAGUUCUUUUCCUUGGGAAAAAGUCGGUAUAGAUUUUUUACAAUUUAAAGGUCAAACUAUUGUUGUCGUCGAAGAUUACUAUUCUAAUUAUAUAGAAAUAGCUAAUGUCAGCUCAACAGGAGCAAAAGCAUUAAUAAAUGUUUUGAAGCCUAUAUUCAGUCGUCACGGGAUUCCUGUAAAAAUAAUGUCAGAUAAUGGUCCACCCUACAGUUCACAAGAAUUUAAGCAGUUUAUAGAUUCUUGGGGUAUAUGUCAUACAACGUCAAGUCCUUACCUAUCACGGUCAAAUGGAUUAGUGGAAUCUGGAGUGAAAAUAAUAAAGCGCAUACUUACCAAAUGUGCUGAGUCUGGAGAUGAUCCUCAUCUUGCCUUGCUGCAAUAUAGAACCACACCUAGAGGAAACUUACCGUCUCCUGCUGAAUUAUUGAUGUCUCGUCGUCUCAGAACACUAAUACCUACCGUUGUUAAGCAUCUGCAACCUAAAAUAACAAGUCAUAAGGAAUAUAGGAAAAUAAAACAACAUAAUAAUGUCAAACAAAAAUUUUAUUUUGAUAAAAAUCUAAGGAGUUGUCUAAAGUCAAGAAAGGAGAUAGGGUGAUGUUCAAAAAUCACCUGAUUCUAAAUGGCAAUCUGGAAAAGUCAUAAAGGAAUGUGAUGAACCUAGAUCAUUUAUUGUCGAAGCCCCAGAUGGAUGUACAUUUAGAAGAAAUAGGCAACACUUGUUAUGUCCUCCGUCUUCAAGUCUUAAUAAGGAAAAUAUUCCAGAAAAUUUAACAGAGAGUCAAGAAAUAAGUCAAAGUCAAAAGGAGGAAGUGAGAAAGGAAGAACCUAUAAAGGGUAUACUUAAAACUAGAAGUGGUAGACAGGUCAAUCUCCCAGUCAGGUUUCAAGAUUAAGUAUAUGUUUGAUAAAUGUCAGGUGUAAUUGUCUAAGUAAAUUUUAAGUCUUUAAGUUACACAAAUGUAUAACUAACAUGUCAUAUAAGUUAAGGAAUGUAAAAGUUAUAAGUCAAAUGUAUAUGUUGUCAUUCUGUGAAACUAGUCUUAAGUCUCAAUCGUCUUUGUUAAAAACAAAAAAUGAAAAAGGGAGAUGUUACAUAGUGAUGUAGUCUCAGCUUACUAAAGUGACAUCACUAUGUGGCGUCCUUCCGGCCACUGUCACUUCCGCACACUUUACGUCCCGAUAGCGUCUGGUCAUGUCUGAUUAUAAUUAUGUUUAUAGUCUUAAUUAAUAAAUAUAUUAUCAUAAA